AACUCAACAAAGAGGACCACUAAGCCAACACGCUCCAAGAGGACGUUGCUCUGCUCUGCUAAAAUUUUUGAAAGGUCGUCGCUAGUUGUACACUUCAGAGGUUCUGCGSUGCUGACUGAUCCACUGCUUGCUUGCUUUUGUUUGGAACCGCAAAUGAAAAAUAUUAGAAGUUCCGGAAUUGACAUACUUAUCCAAUAUUAUCAAAAUCAAUAAUAUAUGCUGUUGGUGGGGAUGGGAAGCAGCAGAAACUCAGACACAGCRUAGAAGAAGAAUCUGAGCAAAAACCUUCGAAUUUCCGCUAUGUUGAGAACCACCCGCUCCUCGGCCGCUCACGUGUGGAAAAUCUGCUCGGCAUUCGAUGGCCGAGCCCCUCCUCUGCAUCGGAUGAGCUUUCACUCGAUUGCACAACCAAUGAUGCGAUCAUCGGACGGUUGUCUGGGUACCGCGAAAGGAACGACCACGACGAAGCUUUCUAGCAUCCGACGACGGACGUUCUUUACGGAUCACAGCAAUGGAGCGGAACAACUGGAGACCUCCUCCGCCCAAUUCACUCCGCUCCAGGAGUUCUUGCUGGACGUUUCGGCGUGGAUGCUUGCUAUCACUUUGUGGUACGCUCCCCGCAUUGAAUUCGAUGACGACAUCCUUGGCGAAAACCAAGACGGUAACCUCGAGUAUCGAGAGGACUACGGUCCAUGCCUGUCGUCAUCGCAGUCGUCGUCAACGUCAACGUCGAAAUCGGAUCGACGAAAUCCGAAAAACACGAAUGAGAAGAAAAGCGASAAGGAUGUCUGACUAGACGUAAGCGACGGUGAUGCAGUGAAUAGUAGUACAGUAUAAUAAAUWAAAAAACAAUAU